GUGAAAGGGAAACUUCCGGGUUGUAAAACCCUGGAGCCGGUAGCGUUGGGUCGGCCCUGUUUGGGUUAGUUCGGAAGCUCCGCCUUCGCUCCGGUCUUUCUGGAAACCCACUUUUACGCGAGGCUGUAGCGAACAGUCGCAGCGUCCCAGACACGUGUGUGAGUCCCCCAUGGCAGAUACGGCCCCGAACAGCCCCCAAGGGGCGGGCGCAGUGCAAUUUAUGAUGGCCAAUAAACUGGACACGGCAAUGUGGCUUUCUCGGUUGUUCACAGUUUACUGUUCUGCAUUGUUUGUUUUGCCUCUUCUUGGGUUGCAUGAAGCAGCAAGCUUUUACCAACGUGCUUUGCUGGCAAAUGCUCUUACUAGUGCUCUGAGGCUGCACCAAAGAUUACCGCACUUCCAGUUAAGCUUAAGCAGAGCGUUCCUGGCCCAGGCUUUGUUAGAGGACAGCUGCCACUACCUGCUGUAUUCUCUCAUCUUUGUCAACUCCUACCCGGUUACAAUGAGUAUUUUUCCGAUCUUGUUAUUCUCUUUGCUCCAUGUUGCCACAUACACUAAAAAGCUCCUUGAUGCAAAGGGUUCAAAUAGUUUACCUCUGCUGAGAUCUGUCUUGGAUAAACUAAGUGCUAAUCAACAGAAUAUUCUGAAAUUUAUUGCUUGUAAUGAAAUUUUCUUGAUGCCUGCUACAGUUUUUAUGCUCUUUAGUGGUCAAGGAAGUUUGCUUCAGCCUUUUAUAUACUACAGAUUUCUUACUCUUCGAUAUUCCUCGCGAAGAAAUCCAUAUUGCCGGACCUUGUUUAAUGAACUGAGGAUUGUUGUUGAACACAUAAUAAUGAAACCUGCUUGCCCCCUGUUUGUGAGAAGACUUUGUCUCCAGAGCAUUGCCUUUAUAAGCAGACUGGCACCAACAGUUGCAUAGUUUAAUAUCCAGUUAAGUUAUAUCUAAUAUAAGCAUUAUUAGCAGCUGAUACUUCUGCUAGGGGAUUGUAAAUUCCAGGUGUUACACUGACCUCAAUCCAGUUUAUGUAAUUUACAUAAAUGCACCUCAAUGGAAAAGUAAUCAUUUUCCUGGCAUGUUAAAUCAAGCCUUUUUUAAAAAAGUUUCUGAGAAAAUUCUACUGUGCUGUGUUGGUAAAGGUUAUGGAAGUUUGUAUCUUAUGAUAAAUGUACCAAAUCUGUUUUAGAUGCUGCUACGCUUAUAUCAUGAAGUACAUUUAUUUCUCUUAAAAAAAAAAAGAAAAAAAAAAAAACUCAACCUAAUUGGUAACCUGAGUUUAUAUCUGGCAUGAGUUCAUUAUGGUAAUAUUAAUACAUGUGAAUUCAGUAUAUUUUGAGACAGUGUUCCUUUGCCAUUCAGUAAUUUUGGUUGAUGAUUUUAGCAGAAGCGUUUCCCACUGAAUUUAACUUCAAAUCGCUAUUAGAUUGAUUUCAUGCUGCUUUGAUAGGACAGAUUCAUUUGGAUGUACCAUUAUGAGUAAUUCUAUAUGUAUCUUACUAUGACCUUCCAAACUUUAUUUCCUUAAAUAUUUGUGGCUGAGUGUUUACAAGAAAGAAAAAAGCUAAAAUAUAAGCUUGUUAACUGAUGGGAUAAAUAUUUGGAGUCAUCUAACCUUCUACAACGGAAAGCAGUAGUUAUACAGCUUUCCUUUGAGUAAUGUUUCUCAAAUAGGAAAUCCUUCUUUUACAAAUGUGGGCACACAGGUUAUUGGUAUUAUUAUAGUUUACAGCAUUAACCUAGUUCAGAUGCUUGACUGCCGGCUUUCUCAGUUUGUUAGGCUUGAGUUUUCAGAUGCCUUUUGAAAGGAAUGUAACUGAAGAUUGAGCGUAUGCCCACCAACUGUACUUGGUGUCAUUUCUGAAAUAGUAGUGAAGAUUAUUCUAUAGAUUACAUAUUUACCUAUCAGAUUUGAUUUAAAAGGUUAAAUGUAAAGGUUUAUAGGUAAAGUAAUUGAGAAUGAGGCUGGGGGAGGAGUUGUGGGGGAAUAGUGCACAUAGGUAAAUUUGGGGAAUUGGGUGCUUGCAAAUGUGAUUUGGGUUGUGGGAUAUAUUAAGUCCUGUUGAGCUUCUCUGAACUCCUUUAUAAAAUUCCUUUUGAUCUUUAUUACUGUUGCACGAUUGGAAAUGUUUAAAACAUUAUAAAAUUUUAGUACAGAGUAAGGUAAUGGUUUUUAUAACUGAUUUUCUUCUGUCUGCAUGUAAUUUCGAUUUAUCAAAUACAUUCAUUAGUAACUUAACCAUAACAUCAGCUUUCUUUUUGUUGAACCUCCAAAUCUAGACAAAGAUGAUAUGAUAGAUUACAAAAAGUUCUACUUGGUAGUUCUUGUUUGAAGUCAGCUGUAACUAGAUAUUUUUGUAUUUUUGUAAUGUUGUCCACUAAGUUGGAGAAACAGCCUCAUAAUAUACAGUUGAUUGUGUGUGUGUGUGUAUGUGUGUCUAGCCUCAUUAUCAUUAUAUAUGUAAUCUGAUAGUUUAAAAACUAAAAUUUGUAGAGCAAUAAAGUGACUGUAAAAUUAAGUAAACAGCAUAUUGUUGAUUCCUAGUGAUGUUUUUAAAAAGUCUUGAAUUAUCAAGUUUUGGCAGCUGAAGACACUUUUUUUGAAAUUACUAGUUUUUUUUUCUAUAAAUUUUUUUUUAAUCUUGAGAUAAUCAGAUUUAUAGGAGAGUUGGAAAAAUAGUACAGAGAGUUCAUGUGUAUCGUUUACUCAGCUUCAUCUAGUGUUACCACCUUACGUAACUAUAGAGUAUUUGUCAAAGCUAAGGAAUGAACUCUGGGACAAUACUGUAAACUAAAGGGAAGAACUUACUCACACUCACUAGUUUUUCCAUUUUUUAUUUUUGUGUCCUUUGGUUUUAACGUGACCAUCUUUUAAUAACCUUUAGUAUUUUUUUUUUUUUAGUUUUUUCUCUUUAUUUUGAAAAUCAAAAAGAUUUUCACAAAGGAAAAAAUUCAUGUUGGUUUUAACAUGAAAAUUACUACAAAUGAAAACACUGUUAUUGACACUUUAUCACAUAUAACAGGAUUAUAAUAUCUCUGAUGUGCUCAUGUUUGACUCAGUGGAAGUAGAGAUUUGGUUGGUCCUUAAAGGAAGGCAUGAUUUAUAAAUGAAACACUUCUAAACUCCUGAGAAAGUAAAUUUUACAAUUUGAGCAUUAUUAGAUGUUUAGUUUGCAUGAAAUUAUAGUUAGAAAUUCUACAGAAUGAAUAUAUACAACCUGCUGAUUUGGCAUCAAAAUUAUAGUGUAACUUGUACAAUUAUCAAAUUAAAAUUAAGGAAAUACAAUAAUGGUAUAGAGAAUGAAUGUAGUUUAAAUUAACUCUUACUACAUAACUCUACUUUUUGUUUUACCUACAGGUUUAAAAGAAGUUGAUUUAACAUUCAGAAUAGCUAAUUCUUCAGGAAGUGGUAUAGUACCAUUUUUUUUUAUACUGAGGAAACCCUCUUGAACAGGUGGAAGUCUCAUAUAAAACCUACUUUUUUCUAUAUUCGUUUUGUAUACUUGAUUCCUUACAAAUUUAAACUUUUUAAUAUCAGUAAAAAGACACAUUUCUUAAAUACAAUUUGUAUUUAGAUUUUUUUGAAAUGAGCAUCACUGAGGUAGAUGCUCCUGAAAGAAAGCAAAGAAGAAAACUAACCUUAGUUGUUUGGUUUUUUUGUUUUUUUUUUAAAUAAAUUUGGAUAUUUAGGAAGCUCCUUUACAGAGAAAAUCAAGACAUGCUAAUUUUAAAACAGAGGUUAUGGAUGGUCAGUGGCAUCUGUCAUAUAACCAAGAUUUGCAAAGCUGUUAAUUAGAAAGCUUCCUAAAAAUAAAAUAAGGAUCCAAAAAUUCAGGUUAGGUGUGGAGGUUUAGGAUGUAAAUAUUGUUCAUCCUGGAAAGGAAAACAAGUAUACAUGUAAUAAGCAGAACUGAAAGAUUCAGUUUUAAAGAUGUUUCAGAUUAGAAUGAAGUUAAUUUCGAGGGAUGGUGGCAAAGACCCUUAACAAGUGCUAACGAAUUUAUUUUGAUUAAUAUAGUUAUUCUGGAUCCCCCCCUCCUCAGUUAGGAUCUGUUAGUCUCAGAGUUCUCACUCAAAUUAGACUGAUUUUGAUAACGUAUUCAGAAAUGAAAACCUAAAGGGAGAAAGCCACAGACAGUUAUGUUUUAUAAUCAGUAGGUGGCACUCUUUCCUCAAGUAGCCCCCAGUUGUUUCAGAUGCAGUGUUGAAAGGUCACUAAAAGUGCUUGAGUCAGCCAUAAAACUAAGAAUCUGUACUUCACAACCCUUUUAAUACGUAAUUAUUUCACGUUCAACACAUAUUUAGUAAGCAUUUACUGUGAGUACGUGUAUUAAUAAAGAAAUGUUCAAAACUGGAAGAAAUACCCUGUCAAUAUCUGCUUCUAAGAAAACAGUAAAAUAUAAAAUAGUCCACAGUUGGGAGUGACAUUACUCAGAUCAUGGUCUGUUUUGUUUUGUUUUGUCAAUAUUAAGUGCCUGACUCCCCUAAACACUGUAAAACCAUUCUUGCUCCUUCUGUAUUUUCAGGCGUAUAGAAGACCAUUACUUAAAACUUGUUCAUUAUACCAUUUUGUAGGCACACUAAUGUAGCAGUUCAAGCUCUUUUAAAAUUCAGACUUUUCACAGUAAUUCAAAACCAUAGUGAAUUUUUUGGAUAUUCUGUCAAAAAUGGCAGCUAAAUUUGAAAAUUCAGUUUGGGUUGAAGAGGCAACUAAUUUCUCUCAAUAUCUUGUUGGAAUUUCUCUAGAGUUGGGAGAAUUCCACAGAGGCUAUAUGAUACAGUAGCUCAACAGAUAGUAUACCAAAGGCUCGUGUUUAUAAAUCCAGGUGUUAGUCCCACAGAUUGUUUUAAUAAGCAGUCCUCAUAAUAUUCUGGGUGGAUAAUGAUUAUUGGGCAUGUACUAAGGAUUGUGAAAGAACUGCUAAAAGAUUGGGGAGGUUUCUUGGUGGUAAUUAUUUUAGGAGGUGUUUAUCUUCUGACGUGGUAUUCAGGUGGGGUUCUUUAGAAGGAACUCUUUCCAGUGUAUGGGACCAACUCUACUAGCAUUUCAUCUCCUUUGCGUACAGGAAAACUGAUCUGCGUUCAGUUUGAGUUGAUGUGACAAGAUACAGUAAAAGUGCAGUGUUUUUUAACUCUAAAACAGAUUCUUAGGAAAGGAUAGGGAAACACUAUAGAUGGUAUCUUUGCUGGAACCUAAAAAUUACGUUCUAGAAGGGCCCAAGAAUCGUUUCACUUUUUCCUGCGUAACUUCAUUUGAAACUAUUUUUUUGAUGUGCUUAUCCCUUUGAAAUUAACUUUCUUUUCUCUGUUCAUGACAGUUUAAUGUCAGAUUUUUCUCUUUUUCCUUUUUAACUUUGAAACAGAACAAUUCCUUUUUCACGUGAAAUUUUGCCUACACGUAUAUAAUAAUUUGUAAGCUGAGAUCAAAUGGGCAGUCUUGGGCAGGUGACAUUUAUGAUAUGUUUAUAUUGGAUCAAAUGUGAAAUGGUUGCAAAGAUUAGAAAUAGUCAUUUAUAAAAUGUUUGAUUUAUAAAUGCAUUACUUCUGGUGCUCUAUAUGAUGGGAUAAUAUUGAAGUAAAAAAUUUGUAUAUACGGUAUGUCAGCAUUUCUUAGUAACUUCUCUCGAAGCCGUUUUUAAUAUCUAAUAUUGUGCAGGUUGGGGAGUUUUACUCUUCAGGCCAAUACUGUCUAGAUGGUAUAAAUUUAUAAAAUAAAUUGAAAAAUGCAUCAUUCAAGACCAAAGCACAUAAAUGCUAAUGUAGGGCUCAGAGGGGAAAUAUAGUUCUCCUGCGUAUUUGAGAAAAUGUGAAGCCCUUUCAAGAAAAUCUAAUAAACAUAAUAAUCAUAGCCUGCUGACACUAAGAAAAAAGGACCUCAUUCGCUCUUCUAUGCAGAGAUUUACUGGUCCCUACUGAUUUCCAAAUUGGAUCACUAUAGUAAAUUAUCUGUCCUGGUACCUGUGAAAGUAAGCCCUGGGAUCCAUAUUUGUCCUGUGUUCUGCUUAAAUCAGCAAGAAUGAUAAAUUCGAUGGUGUGAAAUUGGAAGUAACAAGGGCUUUCUUUGGUGAUUGAGCAAAAUAAUGUCUCCACUUGUAAUUUAUUGUGACCUUUUUUCACUGUAUGUGCUUUGUAUGUCAAAUAUUUAUUUCAGUACAAGUUAAAUUGUUGUUCCUUCAUCUGUAUUGUUAUAGCUAAGGUUUUAUUGAUGUAAAAAAUCAGAUUGUGUAAUAAAAAUCUCUGGAUUUAAA